AUGGCAGGUGCGUCGAGCGGGAUCAGUGCAGAGACGGCGCGCGGUGCCCACGUCGUCAUGGCCGUUCGCAACCUCGCCGCCGCAGAGGCUGUUCGCCAGGCCGUCCUCGUCGAGACCCCCGGCGCGAGCGUGGAGGUGAUGGAGCUGGACCUCUCCUCGUUGGCAUCUGUCCGCAAGUUCGCACCGACUUCGCCGCCAGUGGCCUCCCGCUCAACAUCCUCAUGUAAGGCAGCCCUACUUCUCGCUUCUACUAGUCCCAAUCAUGCGAAAAGCACUUGA